GUUUUCUACAGUCUAACGGACGUUUUCAAAGAGGAGCGGCUUCACCGACAUGGCUCACAUUACAUCACCAUUAAUAUUUUUGAUCAUCACAUGGUUCCUGCCUGUGCUUUCUACUAAAGCCCUGAUCCUGACAGCUCAACCUGGAGACGAUGUCACCCUGAGCUGUCAGGCUCCUGAUGUCAACAUUGAAGCAGCAGAGUGGAGCAGAACUGACCUGAAGAAAGAAGAAUAUGUCUUCUUCUACCAAGACAGGCACAUUGACUUAGUCAACCAGCAUCCGUCUUUUAAGAACCGGGUGGAGCUGAAAGACAAAGAGAUGAAGAACGGCGACCUGUCUGUGAUUCUGAAGAACGUGAAGAAGAACGACAGUGGAACAUACGAGUGUCGCUGUUUAUCAGAUGGGCCCAAGCAGUCGCCCCAACUAGGGCUGAGGAUCUGA